CUUGGCUUGGAGUUGGCUUGUUGGUAGUUUGCUCGUUGGGAGCUCUGGAAAACCAUCGCGAAAUGCUUCAGUUAUAAAUGGAGUCUGGCCGCGGUGCAGUGCGGAAUCUUCGGUCGCGGACUUGUUCUCAACGUGGUUUAUGAUACCUUGCGCGGAUCAGCGACGCAUAGAGUACCUAAGUGAAUGCCCUGGUACAGUUCUAAGAUGUCUUUAUCUCGUUAUGACUGAGUGAUUCCGCGCAACGCCUGGUUAGCACCGCCAGCGGAUUUGGAGCAAUCUGUGUCGUCGAUUGUAUCAUUUACUCGUCAAGUGGUUCAAGAAGUGUUACAGAAUGGAUAGUUCAGUGAGGAGCUGCUAACGGCGCGGAGCUCCGACGAGUGUGAGAGAAAGCAGCUGUGACGAGCCUCUCGAGUGACCGCGGAGUAUCGGAUCGCCGCCCGUUAAAUAUUUUAAUUGCCAGAGCACAUAUACAUAUAUUAUGAAUGGUUAAAUUUCUCCGGCCGUGAACGAAAACGAAAUGACCAGAUUUCGGCGAAUUCUGCAGACGGACGCCUUUCUUCGGAUAGUCUUGACCUUUAUCUUGACCGUCUUCUUGGCGGCAUCCGGAUACCAUGUGCGUGCGGCCAACGACCGGUUUUCUUCAGCUGACAAAAAGCUAGUUGAUAGCUUAGUGAAGCAAUGGGCGCCAUUGGUAUGGCUUGCGCCAGGAGAAAAGUUUUUACCACUCGAUGUCAAUGAAUUUCUAGAUAACGUUCAUGUACAUCACGAGCAGCCAACCGAUCCGCAAAUUGAGGACGAUAUCGAAUGGGAACUGCACAAUACUAUAAGUAGUCGGAUAAUAUAUACAGCACAAGACGAAGAGGACCAAGAAGCAGACACUAACAGGCAGAGAAGGACUUCGAAUAGUUUCUCACCAAAUAGUGACUUAUUCGAUCAACUCCCUUUAGGAUCUUCUUCAAAAAGAUCGUAUUUAGUGACGAACGGUAACAUAGAUGAUUUGCUGCACAAUGAAAGCUCUUUUCUCUACGGGAAAGACCCAAACAAGUUUGGAGUGCCAAUCUAUGCCGUUGUUAAUGUUUGUAGUGGUAUGAAGACAGUUGUGGAGAAGAAACAAAAAGAUGAUCAGAAAAAAGUCCACCAACCCCCGCAACAUCAGCAGCAAUUUAUACCGAUUUCGCUAGCUGGUGACAAAGUCAGCUUUUCUAAUAGUCCUGUGCCUGUCGAGCUUAACAAAACACACCAUAUGGAAGCUAGGAUCAAACGGGAGACGGAUCUGAAAUCAGCAAAUAAUUCAAAUAAGGAAAUUACUAGUGAGUUCAUAGCAAAUUUAGCAGAUAACGUGAAGUUCACUCUGGACGACAUCGAAGAUCGGGUCAUAGUCAAUCAAGUCGAUUUUGAGAAAACUCAGACCAAGUUUCCGAGUUUCCAUGUGACUUAUUGGAUGUUUUACCCAUACAGUCAGGGAAAGACAAUGUGCACUAUGAGUCUUGGGCCCUUGGGCAGAAUUCCCAUUCCUCUAAUAUUUGGUAUGUGUAUGGGAUCAAAAAAAGACUUUGGCAGUCACGUGGGUGAUUGGGAGCACAUGAGUCUAUUUUUCAAAGGAUCUCUGCAUCCAGACGCCAUGUACGUUUCAGCGCAUGAUGCAGGAGCUUAUUAUUCGUACAAUCAGUUGACUGAGACUUUUGAAUUUCGGAGCCAGGAGACCCGAAAAGGAAUACUUCAGCGUCCUAAUUUCCCCAAAACAGUGAUAACUUCUUCUAAUCAUCCAGUCCUGUUCGCGGCUAUGGGAUCCCAUGGGUUGUGGACAGCACCUGGGAAGCACCGAUUUGUUCGCGUGCCGCGUCUGUACGAUGUCAAUGGAUUCGGAACUCCUUGGUAUACUUGGAAGAUUGUAGACAUCACUUACGAAAAUUUGCGAUCACAAAGAUCACUUCCGCCGAAAUGGUUUCGGUUCAAGGGAAAGUGGGGAAAUCCAAAGAGCAAAUGCCAUCCCUUACGGCGGAUUGGGCUUAAUUUCUGCGAACACACGGACGGUCCUACAGGAAUACCUCUCAAACAAGCUCACUUUCAAUGUAGUUUAUAAGUCACUUGUUAUGUUUGUUCAUUUUGAAUGCAUGUUAUUUAUUUAUUCAUCAAGAAAGUGCGCGCUUAUUGUUAUUCAA